AUCUCCUUGCAGGGGCUCAUGGAGUCAGACGCUGGGACCAACAGGACAACUCUGACUGAGUUCAUCCUGCUGGGCCUUGUGCAAUCAGAAAACCUGCAGCCACUGGUCUUUGUUCUCUUCCUCUUGGCCUACUUGGUCACCGUGGGGGGCAACCUCAGCAUCCUGGCAGCCAUCUUGAUGGAGCCCAAACUCCACACCCCCAUGUACUUCUUCCUAGGGAACCUGUCGGUGCUGGAUGUUGGGUGCAUCACUGUCACUGUUCCUCCAAUGUUGGGUCGUCUCCUGUCCCACAGGCGUACAAUUUCCUAUGAAGCCUGCCUCACACAGCUCUUCUUCUUCCACCUGCUGGCGGGGAUGGACUGCUUCCUGUUGACAGCCAUGGCCUAUGACCGCUUCCUGGCCAUCUGUCGGCCCCUCACCUAUAGCACCCGCAUGAGCAAGGAAGUCCAGAGGACAUUGGUGGCCGUAUCUGGGAUUUGUGCCUUGAGCAACGCACUGAUGCACACGAUUUCCCUAUCUAUGCUCAACUUCUGUGGUGCCAAUGAGGUCAAUCACUUCUACUGUGACCUCCCACAGCUCUUCCCCCUCUCCUGCUCCAGAACCCAAUCCAACGAGCUGGUGCUCUUUGUUGCUGGUUUCAUCAUGGCAGGCACUUUUCCUGUUCUCAUCAUCGUCUCCUACAUCCACGUGGCAGCUGCAGUCCUCCGAAUCCGUUCAGUGGAGGGAAGGAAAAAGGCUUUCUCCACAUGCGGCUCCCACCUCACUGUCGUUUGCAUCUUCUAUGGGACAGGUAUCUUCAACUACAUGCGUCUGAGUUCAGUGGAAGCUUCGGACAAGGAUAAAGGGGUGGGGGUUUUCAACACUGUCAUCAACCCCAUGCUGAACCCACUCAUCUACAGCCUCAGAAACCCUGAUGUUCAGGGUGCUCUGUGGCGAAUACUUGUGAGGAAGCGACCCCUGACUUGA